AUGCCGGAGGGAAGUUGUAUAUCUAUUUCACUUGAAGAUGUGGAUGCAGACCAGUUUCAGAUAGGAGACUACUAUCGUAUCUCGGAUUUGGGAAAAGGUAAACAACAAUCUGAUUUUGAAGUUUCAGGAAUACAGUCGUUGAAACAGGUUAAGAGUCAACAGCAACGUGAAACUAUCAUAGUGAGAGACCUUAUAAAUGUUAUUCUAGGGAAAGAAGGUGAUUACAUAAGAUAUAAGUUGGAAGAAUCUGAACAAUCUAAUCAGACCAAAGAGAGUUUAAGAGCUGUGAAAUUUUCAAUUAGUAAAGACAUUGACUUCAGUUUUAUAGAUAUUACAAAUAAAAUUUGUGAACAUGGGUCUCGGGUAUUGACAUUAGUAAGUUUUGAGCAGUAUUUCAAUAAAACUUCUUAUGGCAUAGUAAUGGGACGAUUAUGUGAAUAUUUUCGAAAUUUUAUGAAAGAAUACCAGAAUUCAAUUUUUCAUUACCUUGAGGAGUCUGGUACAGAAAUGUCAAUAUUAUCUUUGUUUCAGAUGCUUAGUAACCGACGAAUGCAAAGUUAUGGGUGUAGCAUAGUGGAAAGUGUUGCUUCCUUUUAUGACCUAAUAAAGGAUAUCAUCGAGGAGGAUAAUAAGAGAUCCAAAAUCACUAAUCUAACAGAUAUGAAAUUUGAAAACUUGAUGACUUCAUUGAAAGAGGAAUGUUCUAGCAGCUCGGUUGAAGAUAUAGUUUACGACUCCAGAACUUCCAAGUGUAUCAAGGGGGGCAUCAUAUUGAACUUGCUCGAGAGACAUAUUGGAAUUUCCCGAGGGUUCAGAAACUCUAAUAUGUUGUUUGCUCAGCUUUUUGAGUUUAUAACUACCGGAUAUCUCGAUAUACUCAACAAAUGGCUAAAUUUUGGUCAGCUUGAUGAUUUCUUUGAUGAAUUCUUUAUCUCAGAAGCUUUCCCCAAAUCAGAUAUUUACAAUUCUUAUUUUUGGCAAAACAAGUUCGCAAUUAAAAUGGAUUUAUUACCUGAACAACUAAAGUCAAAGCAAUUACAGAAGAAAUUGCUUCUAACAGGUAAAUACUUAAGAAUUAUCAAAGAAUGUGAAUGUGACCAUUACUUUGAACAGAUACCAUUAUCGUCAAUUAAAACAUUUAGAGGUAGCAAUUUUACUAUAUUAAUUGAUGCUGCAUACAAUAGGGCGAAUAUACUACUGAAAAGGAUGCUGAAUCAUUCAUAUGAAAUGAGAAUAUUUGUUUCAUUGAUGACUAAAUAUUUUUUGUUAACUGAUGGCUCCUUGGUUGAUGAUUUUCUCAAUCAUGCUAAUCAUGAAUUGAAAAGGAGUUAUAGCAGCUCUGCUACUCAGGACAUAUUGCGGUGGUACAAAAUUUCUUAUGGCACCAAAUCUGAUGAUUUGACCUACAAAUUAUUUUCAGAGUUAUUGGAAUGCGAAUUUGAGCCACAUUCCAUACUUGAAGAUAUUUUACAAAUCACUAGAACAAGGGUCACAGAUGUGAAUGAUAUUAUGCAGGCGUCAAACAUGGAAUCGUUGUCUAAUCUGCUAAAGGCAAAUAUCUACCCAAACAGCAUCCCAAGCUCGCCAAGAAGACCUGAAGCAGAUAACCAGAGGUGUAAUAAACUUGCUAUCAGUAGGUUUAGUAUUGAUAUUAGAAUACCAUUUCCUUUGAACCAUAUAAUAUCAGAUUCUCAGAAACUAGAGUUUCAGCUUCUGUUUAGACACUCCAUACUCAUAAAUUUUCUAAAUAAAAGAUUUGAAAAGUCAUGGAGGGAACUAGGAUACCACACAUUUUGGACAUGGAGUUUUGGUGAUCCAAGAGUAAGAAAAUGGGUAAAAAGGGCUCGUUUCAUUCACAACAGAAUGUUUGAGUUUAUUCGCAUUUAUCUUUAUUAUUUGAAUAACGACGUCAUUCAAGUGAAUUGGUGCAAGCUAGAUUCAGUUAUGGAAAACCUUGAUAAUGAGGAGGAAAGCUUCGACUUAUGCGGUUUCAAGUUCCAAAUGACGGAGUUCUUGAGCUCCACUAUAUGUGAUUCUUUACUGGCACAGACAGAUCUAGCUUCUAGCCUAUACGGAUUGUUUACUUUAAUAUUGGUCUUCCACGAGUAUGUCAUGUCUUUAAGAAAAACAAUAUUACUCAUGGAUGAAAAUCUUUUAAAGGUGCAAAAGAAACGUCUCAAGUUGUCAAUUACAUUCAGCCAACAGGAGAAGGAGAACAAACUGAAAACCUUAAUCGAUGUUAUGGAUUCUUAUCACCAGACUUUUCAAAGGAAAAUGUCAGAUUUGUGCAAACAUUUAGAAUAUCACGGAAAGAUAGAUUCACCUAAAAUGUUAACAUUACAAGAAAAAUUGGUCUUUGGUUUUAAUCUCUAG